AUGGCCACCUCGACGACGAAUCUCAAUGGACAACACUCCAGAAGCCCGUCAGCGUCGACCAGCAACGGCGACGAUAAACCAGGACCAUCGACAACAAACGGCGUGGCAUCACCAGUGGAUUCCGAUGAUCCAGUCGAGCGACUACAGAAGGAAUUGGAGAAGACAAGGGAAGAGAAGGAUGCUUUGGCUGAACAGUACAACACCUUGCUAGCAAGGCUCACAGAUAUGCGGACGAAACUGGGUACAAAGCUCCAGCAAGACGCUGAAGAAUUAGAUCGUCGCGAACAGCUGAUACAGACAUUAACUGCUCAAAAUGACGACCUCACUGCGACUCUUGAAACUCUGAAAGAGGAACUGGUGACCUCUCAUGCCGAGGCAGAUCGUACAUCCAGAGAACUAGACGCCCUCCGGACGCGUGCUCUCCAUGACAAUGCCCAAGAAAGCUUACAGCGAGAACGGGAGCUCAGAGAAGCUCAAUUGGAACUAGAGAAAUGUCGGAUGGAGCGAGAUGAAUGGGAACGAAUGGCAAUGCAGGAGAAGGCCAUCGCGGAGGAUGCAAAGUCGACAAUAGAUGGCCUACAGCGCGACUUGGACUUGGAACGAGAAGCAAGAGAGAGGGAGGCAUCUUUGCUCGAAGAGGAGCGAGAAAAGUCGGCCAAUCUACAGUCUGUCCUACUGGACUUCCAAUCCGCCAAGGAACACGAACUGAAACAAGCUGUGAAGGACUAUGAGGCACAAGUUCUGCAGGUUACGCAGUCGCUAGCAGAGUAUAAACAUCGAGCCCACACCGCGGAGUUGAAGCUAGAAGAAAACAAUACUGACAUCACCAGGACGCAAGAGCUCGAGAAGGAACUGAAGGAGAAGAAUCUUCUAAUUGGGAAGCUGAGACACGAAGCUGUCAUCAUCAACGAGCAUCUCGUCGAGGCACUCCGGCGGCUACGAAAGAACUCGAGCGAGACCAAUGUCGACAGGCGCCUGGUAACAAACGUGGUCCUGUCCUUCCUCACCACCCCUCGCGCCGACAGCAAGCGAUUCGAGAUGUUGAACCUUCUCGCGUCUAUACUUCAAUGGACAGACUCGGAACGGGAAAAGGCUGGUCUUCAGCGGCAGGGAGGCCCUGCUCUAUCACCUCCGGCGACGGGCUUCUGGGGACGUUCGCUUUCAUCAGGCCCAAUGCACUCGCCCUCGAGGAGUCCAGAACUACCGAAGUCCGAUGAAACAGAGUCGUUCUCCCGCUUGUGGGUUGAAUUCUUGCUGACCGAAGCAAGCGGGGAUUCCGCAUCGAAGAACGACGCACCAGCACCGACCACCAGGAACGGAUCUUUGCCCAACACGCCUACAUCGACGACAAUACCCUUGUCUCCUCCAUCGAAUGCGCGUCGGUUACCCUCAGUGAGCUCAACAAACUUACCCGGCCUUACGAGUGCCAGUAGGAAGGGCAAGGAGAAGGAAGUUCCUCCUGGCUCGUAG